CAGUCAAAGGACAUUUAAAUGGGCACACGGUACAGAGCGAUAUACCUUACAGCACCGUAAUAACGCGGUUCUAACGGUACCAUUCUGGCACCCGGCCGCGUACACGCCGUCGGUUCUUCUUGUCGGUGUUGCUCGCUCUCCUGUAAACCCGCAUUUUGUCUCCUAAGUUUGUUCGGAAAGCCAGAAAAUGAGCGACGAGGACGAGUUUUUGCAGAAAGCCCGAGCCGGGUUUGAAGAUCUCUGUCGGGCUCUGAAUAUGGACGAAGAGGCGAGCAACGAGGCUUGGAAAACCUACGAAAACAUCAGCAGGAACUUUACACUAGAGGGCAGUGAGCUGCACUGGCUGGCCUGUGCGCUCCACGUGGCCUGCAGGUCCUCGGUGCCGACGGUGGGGAAGGGCACUGCCGAGGGGAACUACGUCUCUCUGACCAGAAUCCUACGCUGCUCAGAAAUGAGCCUGAUUGAGUUUUUUAACAAGAUGAAGAAGUGGCAGGACAUGGCCAACCUGCCUCAGGAUUUCCGUCAGAGCACCGAGAAGCUGGAGAGAAACUUCACAGUGUCGGCGGUCAUCUUUAAGAAGUACGUUCCCAUCUUUAAAGCCAUCUUCAAGGCCCCAUCUGAGGAGCCGGCCCGAGUUCACCGCAGCCGCAAACAGAGACGCCAUCCCUGCACUGUGACCGAGGUCUUCAACUUCUGCUGGGUUUUGUUUAUCCAUGCUAAAGGGAACUUCCCCAUGAUCAGUGAUGACCUGGUAAACUCGUAUCAUCUGCUGCUGUGUGCUCUAGACCUAGUCUUCACCAACGCGCUGCUGUGCAAUGCCAGGAAAGACCUGCUAAACCCAAACUUCAAAGGUCUACCAGAAGACUUCAGCAGUAAAGACUUCAGACCGUCCUCGGGUCCAUACUGCUUCAUAGAGCAGCUGUGUGAGCUGCAUGACGGGCUGGUGCUGGAGGCCAAGGGAGUCAAAGAACACUUCUGGAAACCCUUCAUCAAGAAACUCUUCCACAAGAGGAUUCUCAGAGGAAAAGAGGACAGCCUGACCGGAUUUCUGGACCCCAUGAACUUCGGAGACAGUUUUUUGUCUCUCAGUCGGGUGUACGAGGAACAUGUUCUGGCCACCGGCAGUCUGGAUGAGAGGAUCUUCACCGGUGAGGGGGCGAGUGAGGACAUCGGCACCCCGGGGCCCUGCCUCUGUGAGGGGCCGGAGAACCAAGACAGCGCCACCUACAGGCUUCACACCAACCUCACUGCCUCAGCCCUGAAGGUUUCCACUCCUCUGACUGGGAGGAAGUACGUUCAGGAGACCAGCCUGGCAUCUCCCGUCUCCUCCGCCAUGAAGAGCGUUGGACGUCUGCACACUCUGCUGUCGGGAACCAAACAGGGUCCGAGCCCUAAGCUAGCAGAAACUCUCAGGACUUGUGCCAGAGACCCCAGUGAUGUUAUUAGUAAGCGUCUGAAGGACAUGUUUGAUCUCUUCUCUCAACAUUACGAGGACAGCGGUGCAGAGAACAGGGGGAUGGGGAAAGACAUGGCAGUGAAGUAUUUCCACCUGGCAGAGGCGCUCUACUACAGGAUCCUGGAGUCCAUCAUUGAGAGAGAAAAGAUGAUACUGGGAGACGCUGACCUAUCUUGUAUUCUGGAGCAGGACGUCUUCCACCGCUCCCUGCUGGCCUGCUGUUUGGAGAUCGUCAUCUUCUCCUACAGACCUCCAGGAGAUUUCCCCAACGUGAUCACCAUCUUCCAGCUCCCUGCUUAUCACUUCUACAAGGUGAUCGAGGUGUUGGUGCGGUCGGAGCAGGGUCUGUUCCGGGAAGUGGUGAAGCACCUGAACCAGGUGGAGGAGCAGGUUCUGGAGAGUCUGGCCUGGACCAGCGAGUCCCCGCUAUGGGAGAGUCUCCGGGGGGCCAAAGACCACGUCCCUUCCUGCCAGGAGGUGAUGCCUCCUCAGUACCUGGAACAAAACGAUGAAAGCAGCACAGGCAGCGUUCCCAUCACACCCAUCAACCACGGACCUGACCUCAACACCAACAGCACCGUCAAAGGGGUGUCCCCCUCCCCCACCACUCUGCUGGACCGUUACAGCUCCUCCCCCACCGGCUCAGCUCGCCGCCGUCUCUUUUUGGACCCGGUGGACGGUGAGACCGGAGUCACCUCCACCAGUAGCACCAGUACCACCAGUACAACACCGGCUAACGUGACCAAGACCGGCCAGGCCAGCCUAGUCACAGCGAUCCCGGCUGGGCAGACUGUGGUCACCAUGGCAACCGCCACCGUUACCGCCAACAACGGGCAGACAGUCACUAUACCUGUGCAGGGUAUAGCCAAUGAGAGCGGAGGAAUCACCUUCAUCCCGGUCCAGGUGAGUGUGACGGGGCAGGGCGGAGCCACGCUGCAGCCGCUGUCCGCCCAGACUCUGACCGGCACCCUCACCGUCCAGUCAGCCGUCACCAAACCAGCUGCCCAACCGGCGAGCAGUCCUCUGAGGAAGGGCUCGCUGUCUCUGUUCUUCAGGAAGGUGUACCACCUGGCCAGCGUCCGUCUCAGAGAUCUUUGUGCCAAACUGGACAUCUCCUCAGAGCUGAGGAGGAAGAUCUGGACAUGUUUUGAAUAUUCUCUGGUCCACUGUACUGACCUGAUGAUGGACCGUCACCUGGACCAGCUCCUCAUGUGUGCUGUUUACGUCAUGGCAAAGGUGACCAAAGAGGACAAAUCCUUUCAGAAUAUUAUGAAGUGUUACCGCACUCAGCCUCAGGCCAGCAGCAACGUUUACAGGAGUGUGUUGAUCUCAGGGAGGAGGAGGCGUCACUCCGGCAGCAACGACACAAAGAAACAGAACUCAUCUACUGACACCAGCCAGGAUCCAGCUGGGGGAGACAACAGUCCAGUUCCUAUUCGCUCCAGCAGCACCUUGCCGGCCCCCCAGCCUGGCAGUGCCCCCUCUACACCCACCAACGCCUCCAACAAGAAAACCUCCUCCUCCCCUUCCUCCACUGUGGGUGUCGGUGAGGAGGAGCGAGGAGACCUGAUCCACUUCUACAACAACGUUUACAUCAAACAGAUGAGACUCUUUGCUCUGAGAUACUCACCAAACUCGCCCUCUGCAGGGGUGGAGUCCCCCUCUCUGUGCCCGUACCCCACCCUGAGAAUCGGGUCUCCUCGUCGGAUGCUUCUGUCCAGCAAACACUCCAUUUACAUCUCACCUCACAAGACAAGCUCCGCCCCCACACCCACAACCCCCCGUGACAAGAUUUAUUACUACAUCUGCAGCAGCCCCCCCAACCGUCUCCAGGAGAUCAACAGUAUGAUCCGGACCGGGGAGACCCCCACCAGGAAGCGCAGCAUGCCCCUGGACAACGAGACGUCCCCCAAGAGGGUUUGUCCCGACAAUCACUCUGCCCUGCUCCGCCGCCUGCAGGACGUCGCCAACGACCGCAGCUCCUCCCACUGAGAUCACACACACACACACACACACACACACACACACACACAUACUGAAUAUACACAUCAUACACACACCUAUCCGUACACACUCCUACUAUCACCGUAGCAACAUACAAACCGCACCAUCAUACCACUCCUUCACAGUCCCGUCGCACCUGGCGAGCGAUCGGAGUUUUAGGAGCAUUUUGGUCACGUUUAGGGUUCGUGUCAUUCCAGCCACAGUCAGCUCAGAUCCCAUGUCAGCCCAUUCAGACCAGCAGAAAACAUGGGUUUGCCUGGAGUCUUUGCCUUGGUCAUUAUACACUCAUACUCAGUACUUUACUGUAUGCAUCUGUGUGAACGGUGUAACAACUAACCAGAAACAGAGCUUUUCUAGAACCCCAGGCUGAAUAGAUACGGGAAUGUCCGGUCUGAACAGGAGGAAGGAUUAAAGCGAACGAAACCUGUUUCAUUUAAUACAGGCUGAAAAACCUGAACCUGAUUGAAUUAAAUUAAAUUAAGCAAAUGAACUGCUUACUAACAAAACUGCAAGGAUGGUGAACUCUGAAGUUUUAUGAAAUUAGCUCUAAAAAUGACCAAAAUGCCUUAAACUCGGGUUAAAGUCAAAAAACGCCCUCGGGGAGAACACUAGAUUUCUCUCUGCUGAUCGCUUUAAAAAGUUGCUUCGAAGUUGUUUCGGUUUGAACCAGAGGUUUUCAGCUGAGGGGGGGAGACGUGAGUCGGAGACACUGCGUGAGGUGAAAGGGACAGGUGUGUGCAGGUGUUGUAGAAACCGAAGGAAGUUCGGUAUUGCAGUCUGGCUGCUGGUUCCACCGCUCACUAUCAUGUCAACAGCUGGAGCGGCAGCAGGGGCUGUGACACACAGAUCAUGGAGGAGAUUCAAGUCCUGAAGCUGGUCCUUCUCAAGAGUCCUUUUAGAUCCAGUGUGACUUCCACGUCCGACAGUUGUCUGAGCGUCCACGGCUACGCUGAGAACUGGAGCUGGUCACCGCUGGUUCAGCAGCUUUUAACGGGACAGUCUGACUAGAUUUAAAAAAACGAAUGGGCUAAAAAAAGUGAGGCUCAAGGUGCAGCUCACGGCAUAACUCAACUUUUUCCUGUUUACAUCCGCCAAUGCAUUAUGGGAAGUGUAUUUCUAAAACUUAGAGCGUGAUUAUCCCCCACGUGCAAGCGUCGGACGGAGUGUGGACUUUGAAAGCCCCCGGUUCUCACUAAUAACCAGUGAGAAGGCGCUGAUCAGCCGUCAGCCGCGGUGUAAACAGGACAGACCCGUGCUGUCAGCGUUAAAGCUCUGUGUGUAAAACUCUUCAGUCCAUCCUCCAGGAAUCUUUUCUGCCAUUUUAUUAUGGAACAUUUUAUACUGGACGUUUCUUACUGAAGUGAAGGUUUGAUGAAGCAGCUGCAGCUUUUGAACCCAGUGUUGUUAUGCUGCAUCGCUCUGCUUCUGAUGCUUUAUUUUACAUUCUGUCUUCUGUUUUUUUUUUUUUUUUUAAACUUUAUUCUCUUAAACUUAUUUACUGAUAGUCUCCAUGUUUCCUUCAGUGCUCAUAACAAAAAAUAUGAUUUAAUUCCUGUCUUAUUUAACCGUUAGUUUACAGGUAAAAAAAAGAGUUUCAUCUCAAAAACCAUGUUUAUCCAUCAUUAAAAUUGCUCCCUGAUCUUCGUAAUUUAUCAAUUGAAAUUUGUCAGGUAAAGGGCUUGAGAAUAAUAAUGGCCUUUAUAAUAUUUAAAUGGGAUCUUUAUCAUCACACCAGCAGAUAUUUUUUCACAUUUACAGAAGUUAAAUCCCAUUUUGAAAUGAAACUCUUUGUAUGUGUAUCUCUGCAGUAGACGUCCUCCUCCUGUUAUCAUGUGUUUGAACCCGUUGACUGUCUGCCAUGAUGAGACGUGUGUAAAUAUUUGUAAAAAAGAGAGAAGAAAACCUAUUUUAUGGAGGUUGAUGUAAGUUAAGUGCCUUUAUUUUUUACUCCUGAAUCUGUUUGUUUGUUUACUCCCAACAAACUUUACCUUUAUUAGAUUUUCUUGGUUGUAAAACAAACAACAACAAAAAAAGCGACUGAUGUA